AUGACUGAAGAACAAGCUCAACAACAACCCAUUGAAAAAGUGGACGGUUCGGAACAUACGAAUCAUCACAAAAAACAAGCAUAUAAAAAACAGAAUAACUAUAGUCAGCAUGGUCCAGGGAAUUCUGCAACUGCUGGUGCCGGCAUGAGAAACUACCAGAAUGGUUAUACUAAAAACUAUAACGUUAGAAAUGGAAUGAAUCCAAAUAUGGUUCCAAACAUGCAAUGGCAAGGUUAUUACGGCGUUAAUCAACCGAUGUACUACGGUGCGGGUGCUGUUCAUCAUGCAUCGGCUGUCGAGGAGCAAAGCGUCGUGUCUUCUGCAACUAAGAAGAUAGAAAUUACUACAAAGACAGGAGAACAACUGGAUUUAUCUGCGAUUCACAACAAGCAUGCACAAGUGGCUGCUAAGAUCCCAAAUGCUAAGAAGGAAGCCACUGCGAUCGAAUCCUCCGAGACUCCAAAACAAUCUCAACCGGAAGAGCCAGUUGCGGAAGAAGCACUAUCAGAAGCUGAAAAGAAUAAGAGAAUGUUCUUGGAGCAAAUUAGAUUGAGAAAAGAAGCUUUGGAAAAGAAGAAGAAGGAUUCUGAUAAACCAGUUGAAACGGAAUCUCCUACUCCAGUUGGUACUGCUCCAACCGAAGAGGCUCCAGUCAACGCAGUCAAGAAAGAAUUAACUUUUGCUGAGAAAUUAAAGUUGAAGAAAUUACAAAAAGCUCAAGAAGCAGGUGAAGAUAUUCAAAAAGAAACUAUCACCGCUGAACCAGUUGCUGAGCCAGUUGCUGAGCCAGUUGCUGAGCCAGUUGCUGAGCCAGUUGCCGCACCAGAUGCCGCACCAGAUGCUGAUGUCGAAGCCACUUCCGAAGCUCAACUAGCUGCAACUGGAGAACAAACUGAAGAAACUGCCACAGAUGCCUCUAAGUCACCAGUAGAGAAGAAAGAGGAACUUGAAAAUGGAACACCAGCCUUCGUGGAAGAUGAAUCGGAUACCAGAAUUAGAAUGACUGACUUCUUGAGUCUACUGACAAACGCUUCCAAUGUCCAAGAUAUUUACGCUUUUGAAUACUCUGAAGAUAUUGAAAGGCCAGAUUCAAGAUACAAGAAGGAACACAUCAAAUACACUUAUGGCCCAGGUUUCUUGCUGCAAUUUAAAGAUAAAGUUAAUGUGAAGCCAGAUGCUGAAUGGGUACAAAGUACUGCAUCAAAGAUCGUUAUCCCAUCGGGUAUGUCUAGAUCUAAUAAACCCAGAGAUGGAAAGUUUGGUAUGGGCAGCCGUAUCGGUAGCUCUCGUGACUUCGGUAAGGCUGGUUCAUUAAGAAACAUGGAAGGUAGAUCAGGUUCUAGAAGUGGUUCUAAGAGAAAGUCAAGAAGAAACGGUGAAAAAUCAAACAGGGCUUACACUUCAAGAAAGGAUCGCGAAUUACAAGCCGAAGCUUCCGCUAGAGAUGCUCCAAAGGUUGAAGUUGCUCCAUUGGUUCCAAGUGCUAACAGAUGGGUUCCAAAAUCUAAACAAAAACCAGUAGAAAAGAGAUUUGCUCCAGAUGGUGUUACUGAAUUAUUAACUAAAGAUGAAGUUCAAAGAAAGAUGAAGUCAUUGUUAAACAAAUUAACUUUAGAAAAAUUCGAUACCAUCUCCUCUGAAAUUUUAGCUAUUGCAGAUUUAUCUAAAUGGGAAACUAAUGGUGAAACAUUAAAGGUCGUCAUUGAAGAAUUAUUCCGUAAGGCAUGUGAUGAACCACAUUGGUCUUCUAUGUACGCACAAUUAUGUGGUAAAUUAGUUAAGGAAUUAAAUGAAGAUAUCAAAGAUGAAGAAAACGAAGGUAAGGCUGGUCCUAAAUUGGUCCUACAUUACUUGGUCGCUAGAUGCCACACAGAAUUUGAAAAGGGUUGGUCUGAUAAAUUACCUUCUAACGAAGAUGGUACUCCAUUAGAAGUCGAAAUGAUGUCUGAAGAAUAUUACCAAGCUGCCGCUGCCAAGAGAAGAGGUUUAGGUUUGGUUCGUUUUAUUGGUUUCCUAUAUCGUCUAAACUUAUUAACCGGUAAGAUGAUGUUCGAAUGUUUCCGUAGACUAAUGAGAGAUUUAACUGACAAUCCUUCUGAAGAAACUUUAGAAUCCGUUAUUGAAUUAUUAACUACUGUUGGUGAACAAUUUGAAACUGAUAAAUUUAAUGCUGGACAGGCUGUUUUGGAAGGUUCUGUAUUAUUAGAUAGUCUAUUUGAAAUUUUACAAAAUAUUAUUGAGACUGGUAACAUUUUGAGUAGAAUCAAGUUCAAGUUGGUCGAAAUUAAAGAAUCAAGAGAUAAGAAUUGGUCUGGUUCCAAGAAGGAUGAAGGACCAAAAACUAUUUCACAAAUUCAUGAGGAAGAAGAAAGAAACCGUCAAUUGAAGGAGUUAAAGAACAGUUCUAGAGCUGGUUCAAGACGUAAUAUGAGUAAUAUGAAUAACAGAACUCCUUCUAAAAGAGAUAUCCCAUCUGUUUCUAAAGACAGUUUCAUUACAACUAGAUCUUCUUCGAACAGACACUCACAAAGAACUCCAGUUAAGGAAGAACCAAAACAACCACAAAUGUCGGCUUCCAACAUGUUCAGCGCAUUAAUGGGUGCUGAUGAAGAUGACGAAUAG